CCAGGUCGGCGGGACUCGGGAGUGCCUCUCUCAGUGUGCUACGAGCAUUGCAAGAGGUUAUACGUCGCCUUCCCGCCGCCAGUCUAGCACACGUGUGUGUCCGAGUGUGUGUGUCUCUCUCUCACUCUUUCUCUCUCUAUCUCUACCUCUUCCUCUCUCGCACUUCUCUUUCUCUCUGUCGCUCGUCGUCCGGUUCGACAAACUAGACUCGAUAGCCAAUAGAAGCUAUUAUGACUUGAAAGCGGCACCUCCCCCCCUCCCCCGGAAUCCAACUCGUCUUCCAAUGUCGUGCUAAUUCCGGUUCUCUGUACUUUUUUUUUUUUAAUCUGUUCGUGCAUGUGUGUCCGUGCAUCGCCAUGGAGGGGUUUCGAACGCAGGUGCCGGGGGCGUGCAUCAUGGCUGUUCUUUUCAUGAACUGUAAGUUUACCACAGCCAUGGAAGAGACAUUCCCACGUGCCGCAGGUAACCUCCUCCGCGGGGUGGACGUGCCCCUGUACGCCUUCGCGGGCGGCCAGGCCACCCUCAGCUGCUCCUACGACCUGCGGUCGACGAGGCUCUACUCCCUGAAGUGGUACCAUAACGGUACCGAGUUCUACCGUUACGUUCCCACGGAAAGGAACCGGCCCAUCAACAUCAAGCCCAGCCUUAAGUUCUCUGUCACGGAGCUGUUCCGCAACGACCACAGGGUUACCCUCUCCCUGACCCGGCUCUCGGUCACGGCGUCAGGUCAGUACAGGUGCGAGGUCAUCGCCGAACACCCCAGUUUCCGAACGGAGACUGCCAACGCAGCCAUGACCGUCCUAAGAGAGCCCCUCUCCCCCCCGGAGUUGGUGGGGGCGCGGGAGAUCUACGAGCCGACGGAGUUGAUCAAGAUCGGCUGUCAGCCUCGGAGACCCUUACACCUCGACCACAAGCCUACGUUGCAGUGGUUCCUCGAAGGCAGCCAAGUGGAGUCAGAAUGGGUGACGCCUUAUGGCAGCGAGCUGCGACAAGGUUACUCUGGCCUCUCUCUCCACGUCCCGGGAGAACAAAUAUUAGCAGCUGGCGGGAGCUUGCAAGCAGAGUGCCGCUUGACACUGGGUCCUCACACCCUGAGCACCUACAAGACACUCAGAGUUAGGGUCAGGAUGAUAUCCUACGUCGAGAACUACCAUUCUUCGGGCGCGGGUGGAGCCCUCGACCACAGAAGAAGACAGGAGAGCCUGUUGCUGUGUGCCUGGACCAAGCUACUUCCGCCGCUCCUUCUGCUGGUGCCGUUGUUGCUACGGCUCUAGACAGAGCAACAACAACAACAACAAACAAACAACUUGUCGCAGCAUCCCCUUAGCUGAUGCGACCUUUUCUCUUAUUGUCAUCACCAUGGUUCUUCUUAGAGUGCCUCUAGCGAUCGUCAGGUCCUGUUAAUUAUAUUAUCGUCACGAUCCCUCCUUCUUCCCUGUACAGUUGUGUGACCUCUGGAGCCCUCAGAGCUUAUUUCCAGUCUCCCAGAAGAAGAAGAAGAAGAAGGAUUCAGCAGCCUCCUGUGGAUCUUUUGGAAAAUAUGCAAGCACGAAAAUCCCUCUACAGAUCGAAGAAGAAGAAGAAGACAAAGAAGACUGCUUUGUUUACAAACACGAAAAUCUCUCACCAGAUCAUUCAAAGAUCUAUCUCGAGAAGGAAUCAUAAUGGGUCACAUCGAGACCCGUGUGGAGGAUGAAAAGGACGAACGCCUUUGUCACGUGACCCUGUGUUUACUUUGCAGCUAUGGAUGGGCAGUGAAUAAAAACAAAAUAUCUCGUGUAUUUGGGUUGAUACCAAUUGCUUUACUGACCAAUUGUUAUUCUACCUGUAGGUAGAUUCAAUUACAGGUAGAUUGAUGAGCUUAGAAACGAGAUUAACACUCGAAAAAAAGAUGUGCAAGACAAGACAAGACGUAGGAAAUGACGAUUUUAAAAUGUGCAAAGUUCCCCUCAGAUAUGGCAUUCGUAUGCUGAGAAAAACAUGUAACAUAUAAUGUGUAUUCUAGCCUUCAUUUGAAACCUUCGAAUGGUGCUAAAGUUACUCUCCUUCUCUGAAUGUGGGCCUUUAAAAGCCACAUACACUUGUAUGUCUAUAAGUACAUAUAUACACGUACCUGUAGAGCCAUGUACACGAACAAGUACGUAUGCACAUGUGCUUUACGUAACGAUUUCGUGAUUCAUGAGUGAGUACGAUAUGCAAAUCAGUACUACAUUUUAACUUUUGGCCGUCUAAACUUUUGUAGAUAAGAGACGACCCCUGCCUGCCCCCCGUCUCUCUCUCUCUCUCUCUCUCUCUCUCUCUCUCUCUCUCUCUCUCUCUCUCUGUCACACAUUUUUGGUUUCUAGCACUAGAACACGAUGCCUUGUAGUAUAUUUUAAAAAUAACUGGAAUUCAUUGAACCGUCCAGCCGAGUUCCACCCAGAGUAAGCCGUGACGUCACGACGUGGAUACUAAACCGGCUCCAAUAUCGCGAUCAUGGAAGAAGAGGCAAACUUUUCCAGUUGAUUUAAAAUGUCUUCUGCUCUCGGGAAGGUUUUCAUACAAGUUAAAAUUUCGGCAGAAAGCGAGACACUUAGAUACUCUUUUCAAGGAGCCAUUAUUAUCAACCAUCAUCGGCGGCAAAGUUGACGUUUAAAGACUUUUUUUACGUUUGUUUUCUGGUCAAUAUUGGGUUACGUGGUAAACAUAUUCGGUGGCGAAAACGUUCCCUUCGACAGUCUGUGGAUUCUAGUUGAUGCCAAAUUACGUCAUCCGCUCGCGCCGUUCAUAGGCCUAUGCUCUUCAAGCAAAUGUGACUUAGGUCAGUAGGCCUAUGCUUUUCAAGCAUAUGUGACUUAUUCAGUAGGCCUAUGCUCUUGAAACAAAUGUAACUUCUGAUGAUAGGUCUAAGUUCUCCAAGCAACUGUAACUUACGUUAACAGACCUAUGUUCUUCAAGCAAAUGUAACUUACGUUAAUAGGCCUAUGCUCUUCAAGCAACUGUAACUUACAAUAAUAGGCCUAUGGUCUUCAGGCGAAUGUAACUUACGUUAAUAGGCCUCUUCUCUUCAAUGCAAUAUAACUUACGUCAGUAGGCCUAUGCUCUUCAGGCGAACGUAACUUCUGUUAAUAAGCCUAUGCACUUCAAGCAUAUGUAACUUACGUCAGUAGGCCUAUGCUCUUAAUGCGAACGUAACUUCUGUUAAUAGGCCUAUGGUCUUCAGACGAAUGGAGGACCUACUAAGGGUCCUGGAUGAACGUAACUUUAUUGAGACCAGUUUUUUUAUUUACUUAUUUUAGGUGGGUCUUAGCAAAGACUUGAUUAUCAUAUCCUUUGCGACGCCAGUUGAAUAAAUAUUGAAGCAGUCAGUCCUCCAGGUAAAUUCAUUGUAAUCAGUCGGCCCUCCUGUGGUAAUAGCCUACAUAUCAUAAUGAAAUGUGUCGAAAAAAUAAUGAGAGAUAGAAUCCCCCUGUACAAUGUCAAUACUAACUUCGCCCGGAGCGCUCUCUUCUUCUUCUUCUUUUCUUCUUCUUCUUCUUCUUCUUCUUCCUCCUCCUCCUCCUCUUAAUCUUCUUCUUGGUGUUAUCAAAAGGAUUUUGAGUCGAGAAAAGGCAACUCUAUCUGCAGAACUUUCAUAGCCCAUACAGAGAUGGGUAAAGGCGCUGAGGAUGCCCUUAGAAAAGAGAAAACAUGCUCUCUCUCUCUAGUAUUUUUAGAGAGAUAUCAAUCACAGAAAACAGCUCUGGAUAUUUGUUGCAAUUUGAGUACUGAUCAGAAGAUGUGGUUUUUUUUAGUUGUUUUCGAUAUUUGUCAAGGAAUAAUGGUAGGUGAUAUUACAUUCUAUGAAUUUAUGUAUUAUUGACGGUGAUUCGUUUCAGUUCUUCAGAGGAAAAUUCGUAAAACAAUUUACUUCGACCAACUUUUCUUCGAAAGGGGCUUGCGGGCGAAUCGUGAUUACUUACUUACGGGAUCAUUUCCAAUUAUGUCAGAUUCCGAAUGUAAGAAGUGUCCUUCUACAGUUUUCCGUAGUUUGGUAGAAGCAGUGGGCUUCUCCAGCUAAUUAACCUGACGUUCUGGAACAUACAUAACAGAAUAUGACAAGGAAAAUAUGAAAACAUGACCGGAAAAAUAUAUGAAUAUGACAAGAAAAAUGUACCAAUCGUCAGAAACACUCUCCUCACAGUGGACAUUCUUGAGAAUUGUGAAAGUUUUUUUUUAUUUAUCAUGGUUAAGAGACGUGGUAUAUUUCCCCGUAUGUGGAUAUUUUUUUCUUGUUUUCACCAUAGUGCUAUCAUCAUUGUAAAUACAUUAUACAUCUUCAGAGAUAUAUAUUCUAUAAUGAGAGUUCUUCGAGGAUGCGCCCUUCCAAACGAUGGCGUCGAACUGAAACGAAGUUUGAUAUCCCAUCACGUUUUGGCAUCUGAGGUCAAUUUGGAAUCAAACAGCGAAGUUUGGUUUCGAGAUGCCAAAAAAGACCGAGCGAGGAAUCCUGUUCAAGUGAGACCACCUAUCAAUACGCCAUUACCAUCGCUCUCCCAAAUCACGAGGAGUGCCCAACAGGAUAGUCCAAGGAAUACCCGCCAAUACCCACCAAAGGACUCGUUCGUCAUCGCUGUCAGCAGCAGCAGAAGCAUCAGCCAUUAUGAGACGUUGGAAAGGGCGCAUCCUUCCUAGGACGAGUUGCAUGUAGGCUUAAAAAACUACUUUCGUAUUUAGGAAACUUUCGGGUCCAAUUGUCGGAGGGAGGGAGGGAGGGAGGGAGUGAGACCACCGUCUCUUUUUCGAGCAUAAACUUUGUUGAAUUCACUCAAGUGCUUGUUGUUAUAACUCAAAGUCUUCUCCAGGCCGUAGUCUAGUCAGGUUUCCAUAGUUUCGGCUACCAGAGAUGUCCGUUUUCCACUCUUUUUUUAAAUGUCUGAGUCUCGUUCGUUCUGUCUAUUUUGUUAGAUAUGUCUGCUUUCAAUUUUUGCUCCCUUAAGUUCAGCCAUAUUUCUCCUUAAGUUUAUGCCUUAGUUCUAUAAUUUUUUAAAUUUGGUUCAGUCAUUUUCCUGUCUAUAUUUAUGUCUUAGUCUAGUGCGUUUUAUGUCUAUUUUUCCCUUCCGUUUAGUCAUUUUUCUACGUUCAUGUCUCAAGUUCCAAGCUUUUCUCAUUCUUAUGCUUAAAAAAGGGGUGUGGUUUUUGUACCUAAUUUCUAACCAACACUUCCGUUUUUUUUCUGUGUACACGAGAGAAAAAAAAACAAAAAAACACUUCAUUUCCUUAAAAUUUCUAAAGGAAAGAACAUCUUGUUAUUAAGUGAAUUAAAUUUAUGUGUUUUUAAGACAAAAAUGAAUUUGGUUCUUAAAAAAAAAGUCAUUAAAUUGUGUGGUCAUAAAAACCCCGUUUUAUAAAGUGCCAGAAGAAACUCGUAUAAAGAGAGAGAGAGAGAGAGAGAGAGAGAGAGAGAGAGAGAGAGAGAGAGAGAGAGAGAGUGUAUAGUGCCUACCUAUCCGGUCUUCCAAAUACACUUUUUAAACUGACUGACGGUAAACCGCGAUUGGAACUGCCCGGAUUACGGCUAGCUAUAGUAGAUUCACAUCAACCGUGCAUCUGAUGUCUAUUCCUAUUCCUUACGAUGCUCCUGAUUGGCUGUUGAUAAGCCAAUCACAGGGCUAGAAAUUAUCAGUCUCUCGCGAGAGUUCACACUGGCAGGAUGCAUGUUCCACUUCUCAUGAGAGAUACGUCUUUCAGAAGUAUCCCUUAAGAUAGGUGGAACAUACAUCCUGCCUAUGUGAACUCUCUCGAGAGACUGAGAGUUUCCAGCCCUGUGAUUGGCUUAUCAACAGCCAAUCAGGAGCGUCGUAAGGGACGGACAUAGACAUCAGAUGCACGGUUGAUGUGAAUCUACUAUAGCUAGCUAAUCAGACCAAAUCUUUACCCGCCAGAAAACGAUCGAAAAUCAAUCUGUCAAACAAUGGGACUUUUUGGAGAUCCUUAAUACCAAUUAUUCUCGUUUCCCUAGACUAAGAGUUGAAGUAAAAAGUGUUGAAUGACUUCGAAUAGUUGAACAGGAAAGCACAGUUGAAUUUUUUGACAAUCUACGUGAUUUAAGAAUGUGAUUGUUUGUAUG